AUGGGAUGCUGCUUCUCUGCACAACACAAAGACGAACAACAACCGCUUCUGACGACAGUCGAGCAGGAACAAAAGCUUCCCGAGGCGAAUCCGCCGCGCCAAAAAAUAUCGAGAUCUAUCCCUCCCCCGUCACAGGCGACGACACUCAUCAUAUCUAACACGUCAAAAACAUUUCUCCCAAUCUCGAUGGAAAGGCAGAAUAACGAGAUCGACACAACACAACUUGUCAAGGAGGUCAGAAGAAAAACUCGCUGUCUACAAACGAAGGACAUCUUCGCCUUCCCAGCUCUCGCAAACAACACAACAGCUACGCCAGAGGCCGACUUGAUCUUCCUCAAAAAUGUAUUGCGUGCAAAUGUGGCGGCGACGUCAGAAGCGUUUGCUAAGAUCUUGCCCGAAAAGGCAAAGAACUUAGUUGUCAAGUUUAGUGAACUACAGUAA